CCUUCUGCUUCUCUCUGAUCUUUGCUCCUUCUUCUCCACUCCCCAACUUUAGUCUCCUCUUUUCUCCCAGCCUCAUCAAUGGAGCUGAGGGGGUCUAAAUUCUUGUCCUGUAAAAUCAGGGCCGGGUGACCAUCUCUUGAACCCCACCGGACAGCAAGACUCCCUGAAGGCUCAGGCUGGGGCCAUGGUCUCCCGGGGGCUGCUGGGAGACUCACUGCUAAGGACGCAACUUCAGCUCUUCUUCCUUCCCAAACGAAGGGUUAACACAAGCAUGAGCACAUGGGUGCGCACGCACACACAUACACACAGAGUUUGAGGACAUCAGCGACUUCUGCAAUCGUUCAAAUGCUUCAGACCUCCUCUGAGCCCAUGUCGACGAUGGUUUGGACAAGUGAAGUUCCCAGAAGUUUCAGAAAUAAACCCAGAUCAUGUCAAAACCAACCCUGGACUAGUAGCACUAGCAGAAAGUCUACUCCCAGGGUGCAUGAUUCUUCCGCCCACACGGGCAAGGGGGGGCACCUUGGCAAUAUCUGCCAGGCCAUCGUCCUUCCCGCCACGUGGUAGAGACCUGAGCCGGGGGACUCAGUACAGUGCUCUGCACACAGAUAGAAUGGGAUCGGAGAACGUUCUUCUGACGGAGCCAACCUGUUUGGGCCCUGGGUGCGGCUUUAGAGGGAACUGCUCGUUCCAGUUCAUGGGUGAUGUCAGUCCCAACUGCACCGGGAGUUUUCUUUAAUGUGGGGUUUCCGGAGCACCUCGGUCACGGGCGAACUGGAUGACCUGUGUAAAGUUUUUCAUAAAGUGGCUACAAGUUCAAGUCCCGAUUUCCAGACUGCAGUUUCGGUGCUUCAUAACUCUUACUUGGACUCUAAUUCCAAGCAUGUCUUUCAGUACAGCCAAGUGACUUUGGUGAAAAAUGACAUUUUCUUACAUGAGUUUGAAACUUUCUGCCGGCAGAAAAAAGCAAAAAGAUAUACCGAGGAGGAACUUAAGGAAAUUUAUGGAUUUCUCCUGUUUGACUCUGAGAUUCAGGCAAAAUUGGUGUGUCAGCAAGGACUUCGUGUAGGCAGCAGUUCCAUUACUGCGUUGGGAGAUCCAGCAAAAGGCGUAUAUGUUUCCAAGUAUUCAGACUACCUUCAUCCAAGACCUUGGUAUCAUGGAAAAUCUGGCUAUAUUGUAAUUUUUAAUCUAGUUAAGGGGAAGGUCAAGGUCGUGCCCGAGAAUUGCACCCCUAACUCUACGAGUCCAACUUCUGGCUAUGAUUGCCACAUAGCUGCAAGUAUCAACAAGGUUACCACCAAGACGAGCCAUUUUCACGCCUUCGAACUGAGUCAGUAUUACCUCUACGAAAUUUCAGGCAGCAGGGUUGUUAAUCGACCCAGGCAGAUCUACCCCCGUGUAAUUGUAGCUUUUCAGUACAGUGAACCUAGAAGGAUGUCUGCAUUAACUCAUGAAGACACAAAUGAGCUUUUCAAAGUACCCACGUCUCCUUGGAAAGGACAGUUAACUGUUGAGAGCAAGCUGAUGUGUGACGUAACCCUCUGGUCCCCUCAUGGUACAAUGAUUCCGGCGUGGCUACCACAAGAACUGGACAUUAAGUAUGUUAUGCAUGUGUCAUCUUUGAAGAAGAAACUACCCGAAGCUGCAUUUAGAAAAAGCAGUUAUGUGAAGGGAAGAGUCUGUCACGAAGGCAUUUGCUUCAGUUUGUAUGAAAUGGAAAUAUCAAACAAGCAGGGCACCAGGUUGGAUCGGCUAAAAGAAUUCAUCAAGAACAAGAAAUUGGCAGUCAUCAAAUGCUUAGAAGGAGGAAGAUUCCUUUUGUUACUCACAUCAUCAGCCUUGAUAUGCGACACAGAUGGCGGUGAGAAUGGGCAUAGCACUCUACACGCCUUGCUUUUAUUCCCUUCUUCCUCAUCAACAUGUUUGGAAGAAGAAAAUGAAUUGACAUGUGAAGAUGAGGAGGAGGGCAUCUCCAGGCGAGUGAUGCCCAUUUUGCCUGCCCUUCAAUAUGCCUUGCUAGUAGCCAAGAAACCUUCCGUAGAAGAAGGAAUCCAACUGAACACAGCAGUAAAGCAUCAUUUCCACGAGUUUACCAAACUUGAAAGAAGUUCCUCAAUGGCUUCACAGGAUAUAAUCGAUGACCAGUUGUUCCUUUCUUUUGAAACGUUGCCUAGUGAGUUGGAGCUGACUCUGACUUCCGAAAAAUACCCUCUGCCCUCAAUAGCCCACCUCCAGUCGUAUUUUUCUGCCCCUGAUAGUUACACUUUGGAAGUAUCACACGCCUUGGAGUGCUUAUCUGGACGCUCCCCAACUCCAUGUUUGAUUUCUGAUGAAAUCUGUGAUACUGGUUUUUCCCGGUUUAUGCCUCUGGAUGCCGAGCUUCCCGAGUCAAGGGUAGAAGGAAGAAAUGAAACAGAAACGAGUAAACAGGCUGAGGACACAGACCCGGCCAGCGAACCCAACCUGGGCCAGUCAAACCCAGCAGCUAACCUGAGGAGCCACCAGAAGAAGAGGAAAGCAGGGGGAUCCAUUGAGACUGAUGCCGAGAAAAACUGGGGUCCCCUGAGAGUGCUCAACUCCAGGGACCGAAACGAAAACCAGGAAAGAAAUCAAAAUGCAAGGGUGAACUUAUGCUGCCCUUUCCCCAAAAAGCUAAGAAGCAAAGCAAAAGAUAUCCCCAGCUCAGAAACAACUCUGAAGCUAGCCAAAGGGCAGUUUCCCCAGAAAAGGAAAAGAGGUGCUGAAGUGCUGACGGCACAGUUUGUACAGACAACGAAAUCAGUCCUAAAUAGCCAAAAAACUCCUGUUUGGGAAGACGUUCCAGAGGAAGCAAAAAACAAGAAGUUAAAGAAACAGGAGACGACCGUAACAAAAGUUGUUACAGUCACUAAACGAGUGGUAAAGAGACCAUCACAGAAACAGAGGGGACACAUGUUAAAAAGCAAACAGAAUCCCAGAUCCAGAAAGCAUCCAGACUCAGCCAAGGGAGAAACCCAUUCCCAGCUACCAACUGAAACAUCCUCAAAAGGCCGAGGAACUGCAGUCGCAACUCAGAUCGACACUACUGAUGCAGCUCCAGAUGACCUUCAAGCAAAACCCUCGGGCCGCUGUGACUCCCUUGCCCUAAACAUGCUGGCUGACCUGGCACUGAGCUCUGCUACCUCUUCUGCUCAUUUGUCCUUUCCCAGAGACCCUCCCGCCCCCUCUGACUUGCCACAGAACAACGAAUCUUCGCUCUCUACGGAAAACAGUCCCCAAGGGACUUCGGAUCACGAAUAUCACAGUCUGGCUAGAAGCCAGAGUGGAGGACCGGCUUCUGAUACGACACCCAAGGCAUCCUCUGAUGAUUCCAGCAGCGAUGUAGCCGUCAGCCAGAGGGAAAAGUGCUUGGGUCCCUCCAGCUCAACGUCAGCAGAUUCUCCUACCGUUCUCCCUCAGGAGACCCAUGAAGCUAGAGGUACAAACACAACCUCUUUCAUUUCUGCGGAACAUUCCUACGCCUCGCUUACUGCCGAACAAUUCAAAAAACACCCACCGCAGAAAGGGUCACAAGUCCCUGCCUUUGCUAAGAAUGGAGCGAAAGGCCCUGAAGCGGGGACCCCGGUGGGGAAGGUGAUGCCAUUUCGGCACCAGCAGAAUAGUCCUGUGCAGAAACUCCUUGAGGACACGCUUGUAAAGCCUAAAAGCAGCCCGUUGUCUCCUUGCUCAAAGGAGGAUUUUGGUCACUCACAUACUGUCUCUAGCUGCAAUGGAUCCUUUAAGAUUACUUGUAAGUGGGAAGCAGAAUAUGUCUUCAGCUUGGAUAGCAAAUACACCAACAAUCCUCUGGAGAAAACCAUUAUUCGAGCCCUACAUGGGCCAUGGGAUUCCGAUAUGCCAGAUAACGUGGAAGAAGUGAAACUUAUCCUUCAUAUGUGGGUUGCCCUUUUUUACAGCAACCAAAACAAAGUCUUAAGUUCCUCCAGAAAAGUGGUAGAACACAGCAACCCUGUCAAGUAUGUGUCUAUAAACAGUACAAUGGAUUCCUUUGAAUUCAGUGAAAUCAGUGAAGAGUCCCUAGGUGAGGAAGGACAUCCUGGAAGCCCAGGACUGGAAGAGGACCAGCCUUCCAGGAAUUCUCUUUCCAAAAUAUCCUUCCCCUGCACCAACAGUCUUCUGUCUUCCAGCAUGCCUGCUUCCUCGAGUGGCUUAGAGUCUUGCACCCUGGAUGAAUGGGAAGAUCCAUUCUCCGAGGAGGAUCCGCCAGGUGUUCGCGAAUGCCAGGACGAUGCCGUAUCUUGCAGUAACGAGAUAAAUGGAAAGCGGAUGGAGGAAGAACCCCAUGGAAGGCCAGAGGAUUCUACAAGUAUGCUUUCCGGGGAAUAUUGUAAUCCACACAUCCAAGCUGAAGAUGAGAAAAAUGAAAGCUAUCAGAAACCCGAGGCCUCAAACGUGGCUUUUGCAAAAGUCGACAUUUCACAAACUUUGUCCACAAAGACUCCUCAAGAUAAGAUGAUCAGUGACCAGUCUGUGGCUAGCACCUUAAAGACUAAAAAAGGGCUACUCUCAAAAGUGGGUGCCUGCGAGAAUUCUGCAGAGGAGCGUGGUCCAAGGAGAAAAGUGGCAGAAUGUCAGGAGGCAGAGAAGAUCCCUGGUGAGAGAUCGCCAUGUACCUCUAUAACGAAAAACGUGGAUAGCCAGACUGAUGUAGCCCCAGUUUCCGGGACAGAAUUCAUUAGAAAAGUGUCGUCAGUACCCUCGCGCGAAACAACCCAGGCAAGAUUACAUGAAGAUUAUAGGGACACCUCAUCUGCCUAUAGGAGGGAACCAGCAGACGACAAACACCUCUGUAAUUCCUCUGAAGAGAAAGGAAAACUUGGUAAAGAAAACUAUUCACCGCAGAAACGAUUUACAGUUUCAAUUUCAGAAACACCAACUGGUAGCACAUUAAUUGAGGCAAUAACCUCACCAACUGCACUUCCUGCCUGCCAGGCACUCUCCGAUGACAUGAAGGCAAAAGAAGGGUUUCUUCUAAUUCAAGGGCUCCAGAGUGUAUCGUCGUCUCAGGUUCAGCCGGCAGCCAUAACAACCUCAGUGGACCGAGAAACUGACUCAGCGAGGUGUAUGUUCCCGAUUCCUUCUUUGCCCAUACCAUUAGAAAAGGAGAGAGAAGAGGGUGAUCUGAGGUGUGAAAGUAUGCAUUUUGAGUCUGCUAGUUUGGCAUUUGCCAAAGGAGCCUGCAUACCCAUGGACCGAGAAGAGGCCAUAGAGUUUUCAGAAAGCGAUUCUGAGAUUUCUGCGAUCGAGCUGACACUUACCAUCUCACCACCUUCAAGUCCGAUGCGUGCACGGAACGAUCCUUUGGAGGAUCUGGAAUUCCAAGAUAACUCUGAAGAACCACUCGAACUGCCAAGCACUAACUAUACAGGGACCUCCCCAGAAGACAAAGAAAUUAAUACUAAUGAUUGUAUUUCGCUUUGUCUUAAAGAGUUGCUGGAACCACAGAAAAGCCAAGAGAGUCAGUAUUUUGACUUGCUGUCCGACAGACUGGGAAAUAGAGAGGAAGCUAAAAUGAUCUUGAAAUCACCCUUGGGGGCAUCAACUGAGGCAGAGUCCCCAGCUUCAAGUUCUAAGGAUCCAUCUGGUGAAACCCCGCCACCUCAGCAUAUGGUCCCGCGGAUUCUGGAUCUCCACAACCAAGGGUUUGAGGAAGUUCCAGAAUCCUCUCUGAUGGGAUCUGCACACCCACCCACCGGGGCAUCAUUGGAGAAUGACACUACAACUCAAGAAAAGCAAGCGGAGAGUUCCACUGAAGUGACCACAUCUUCCACUGAAGUGACCACAUCCCUAAAUAGUCCUCAGGAAAAAAAAGAAAGCCCAGUUCUACCCCCGGAGGAAAGAGACUGGGAAGGCAAUUCCCCAGUUGGUCAAAGCAAUGGCCUGGGUAAGCCUAAUAACCCUGAGGUUGCGCUGGAGGAGCUGACAAAACCUGAGGAUUCAUGGCCCCCUGAUAGUAAGGCAAAGAAAGUGCUUGGGCAGGAAAGUUUGAGUUUAAAAUGUGUCAUUUCGGAGACCUCUGAGCCUCCUUACAAACAUAAUGAGAGAAAAAGAGAGAGGUUCCUGUGUGUCCCAGCCCUGUUAUCAAGCACCCUUUCACAGCCCCAGGACAGUCCUAGGAACAGUGAGGUGGACUUUCAGGGCAGUGUCCUGGGACUGAGAGAACAUGGUCAGUGGCAGGGGCAGUCACUGAAUUCUGAUGGAGUCAGUCAGAACCCUUUCUUGGAGGCACGCCCACACUUAGAGAGCUCCAAAUGUGCUUCUGAGGGCCAUAUUUCACCCACCCGUGACACAGGACGAGGACACGAAGAGGCUCAGUUUCAAGAAGGAGAAACCCCAGCAUUCCAGAAGGCAAAAUCUCUCCAAAGCACCACCAGCCCCGCCGGAGACCCUGAUGAGGCACCUCCCGAUUCAGCCAGCGCCACCACAUCAGUUGCGGAAGCCAAUGGGAGGAAAACACUUCAGAGCCAAAAGCGACCGGAGCAUGAGAAGAAAGACGGGGACAGUGGCCAUCGCCCCACAGACAGCCCCAGCGCAGCCCUCGGGACUCCGCCCGACAGGGAAGCCGAGAUGGCCGAAGAGGUCAGUGGAAGAGGGCUUCCCACUUCCUCUGUUCCAAAGGCUUUGGGAUCCUCUGCCUGCCGAGAUCACGUGGCCCAUGGAUGUCCUGUAAGGCAACCUGAGGCUGAGCCUGCUGCCAAUCCCCUGGGCAGAGAUGGGGCUCCAAAUUGGAACUCUAGCUUUUAUUCCACACCUCUUUCCACCAAAGCCCCUGGCCAGGAAAGUUUUGGAGGCGCUAAAAAGCAGCACAAACUCAGCUCGGAGGAGUUUGGCGUCUUGAGAACUAGGAAACGAGCAGAAGCUGCUGCGGCUAAUUAUGACUCUCCGGUGAACGCAGACAGAAGUGACAGGGAGGGCUGGGACUAUGCCAGUAAAGCUCCAGGGCUCGAAGCAGGCGCCCAGCAAGGAAGCUGUAUCCCCACCCCGAGAGAAAAAGAGCGAUCCGUCCCCUUUCUCGUUAACAUUCGAGAUCAGCACGGCAUCUCCAGGGCGUACGCCAACUUCACCAUAACCAAGAAGGUCAAAGACAACACUAGGACUUUGCAGGUCCUGAAAAAGCCACCAAGUGUCCCAGCUGAAUCCGGCUUGAUUAGCUCCUGGCCCGGUACAAUCUCUCAAUCUCCUGACAGUCUCACCCAAAAUACAUUAGACUUAGAAUACCUACGUUUUUCCUAUAAGCUAAAACAGAUGAUGAAGAAUCCAAAGUCAUCGCUUCCUCCCUCCCUCCACUUCCCGCCGGCGGAAUCCCCCACCCCUUCAGGAGUUGAGACUUUCCCUUUGACGAAAGAGCCUGAGGCCCCUAGUUUGCAGCACCCUGUCUACAGGAGCCGAAGCCCCCUGAAAGUCACCAUCGCGUCUUCAGAGUCCCAGCGAGGCGCUGCCGGGUGGUCUCCGAGGAAGCAGCAUGACGAUCUGAGAAGCAGGUCAGACAGGCCCAGCAAGAACCUUCCGAGGUCCGGAAGAGGUCCGUCUCACCCCGCCCACCUCAGGAAGCUGAGAUACGAUGGGAAACUGAAGGAGUCCUGGAAUGGCAUCUCACUCAUCCUCAGCGAAUUCACCGAAUUUAGCAAGGUAAUCAUGAACAGCAACCAACAGAUCCUCCAGGAGAACUCCGUGAACGUCGCCCCCGGGGAGGCUGCAGCCCAAAAAACGGUGCUCCUGGUGUGCCCGAGAAGGCCAGUGUCCUUUGAGAACUUGAUCACGGACCUGUGUACUAACCUGCGCAACAAACUAGGAAGUGUCAUGAGAGAGGUGUGCAAAAGCUCCUUCAUGUUCUACCUUAUCGAAACAGAAACCGAUGGUUCUUUCUUCCUGAAAGCGAAGAACUUCCUGAAGAAAGCGGGCCACGUGGAAAUUGAGCCUUUGCAUUUCUGCCAGAUGCUGCACAGAGACAGCAGCAGCAGCCCACUGGUCGUUUUCAUCAGAAACGAGGACAUAGCCACGCAUGUUCACCAGAUUCCAUGUUUACUGAAGCUCAAGCGAUGCCCCGGCGUCAUCUUCGCCGGGGUGGACAGCCCAGAGGAUGUCUUGGGAAGCACCUAUCAGGAGCUCUUCUGUGCGGGAGGCUUCGUGGUCUCGGACAACAAAGUGCUGGAAGCCAUGACGCUAGUUGAGCUGAAGGACGUCAUCAGAGUCAUGGAGAGACUGAAUGAAAACGGAAGGUGGCAGUGGCUGCUUCACUACCAAGAAAGUAAAAAACUCAGAGAAGGCAACAGGAUGGAUUCAAUUGCGCAUAAGAAGAAUUCAAUCUUGAAAUCGUGCCUAGGCACGAACAUGAUCGAAGUGCUUCACUACCAUCAGUGUGACAUGCACUCGGCGUCGAAAUCGGACACUUUGAAAUGCCUGCUGGGCCUGCAGGUCCAGCGCGUCGCGGCGCGGUUCGCCGUCUACCUGACAGAGAAGCUUACUGCGGCCACCGAGUCGUUCGAGAGCAGCGGGAUCCUCGUUACCGACGUGACUACCUUUGUGGCAACCCUACCGCAAGCGGCAGCCCCUUUCAAAAGCAGCUACUGGUAAGAACGAUUUGGACUCGGAGCAAGAACGCCAUUAGCCGCCGCGAGGAGGGUUGGAGGACCGAGAGUGUUUUAAAGCCUGGGGCGUUCCCCGUUACAAGCCCGGGGGAGCUCCUUCUGGGUAUUUAGAGCUUGUAGGAUCCACCGGAGCGUCGUCCUCAUUAAAAAAGGAGGCCGAGACCCAGCAACAAGAGACCAACAGGCAGGUCGGCGAAAAGGUUUCGCUGGCCUUGAAGCCCCGUUGGCACGGAAGGAUGCUUUUAGAGACUGUGGAAAGGGAGUGGAAGUCUUGGCCCUUCCUGCCAUUCAGGGCCCUCUGUCCAGGUGAUCUUCAGCCCUGCAACCACGCUGCUCAACGGACAUUUUCUUUUUAAAGCCUUGACUUCAAAAGGACCGCAGUCUGACAUUUCUCGGCAAACGAGUACCCUGUGUAGACACCUCUAAGGGAUAGUUUUUCUUUCUCUUAAGGGCUUUGCCCAGUAGAGUUGGCGACGUUACUUUACGAAUGGCACAUUGAACUUUACAGGAAUAAGCUCUUGGUUGCCCCUGCGGGAACACUUGUGGAUGCAGUGUUCUUAAGGCUUACUACAUUGGAAGCAAAGUAGGUGUGUGUGGUAUUAAGUCUAUUUUUAGUCUUGAUGUAAAUAAGGUAUGUAAAGUGCAUGUUAUGGUCUGGAGGUUUUUGUACAUUCUACCUACGGUGUGGAAAACUGCUAAUUUAAACUGUCAGUUGGAUGCCGUUAAAGCAACACUACGUUAAGUUAAAUAUUUUUUUCCAGUUGGUACCAUUUUCUCAGCAGCCCCUUUCCAGUGAAUGAAAUCCUGUAAAUAGCAAGACUGUAAGGUUAGCAAGGUGAGGCGGAGCCACCCCUAUUUAUGGUAUUUUCAAAGUUGUCUUUGAAAACUCCAAAGGUAAAUUAACCCCAACGUUUGUAAGAUAGGUUGCUUAUCUGUUGGGAAGACAGGUUUUGUAACUAAUCUUUCCUUUUUUAAAAUAAAGAAACCUAAAUACA